AUGCCGCGGGUAUAUUGCGGGGAAAGAGCUGUAGAAACUUUUUUCGAGUAUUUAAUUGAAGAGGCGGAGAAAGCUAUGGAAUAUAUGGGACAGUAUACCCCCUACGAUCCCGACAAGGCGAUCGAAUAUAAUCCUAAAAAGUGUCACAUAUGCGAGUUGCCAAUUUCACCUUCAGAAAUUCCGGUUGUAGAUCAUUGGCACCAGGCCGAGGGGGGGACGAUCCGGGGGUACGCGCACAACUCGUGUAAUCUGAAUUACCAACAGCCGAACUACAUUACGAUAUAUGCACAUAACGCUGCCAAGUACGAUCAAAAGUUGAUACUUAAGCAUAUGAACAGUGUGCAAGGCUCGAUUACCGCGAUUGCGCGAUCAGACGAAGAAUUCAUAACGAUAUCUAAAAACUAUUCGAACGGGUUUACUUCUGUACGACUUAGAUUUGUGGAUUCGUACAAAAUGUUGUCCGGUUCUCUGGAAAAUUUGGUGCAAAAUAUGGGCGGCGAACGUGAUUUGUUUAUCCAGACGCGGAAAAUAAUCCCAGACCAUCUGCUACAUUUGGCAAUGCGGAAAUCUGUUUUUCCGUACAGUUAUAUUACGAGCGAGGCUGUUUUUGACGAAACAGAAUUACCUCCGAUAGGUGCUUUUUUUAACGAUCUCAGCAAGGAGCCCUGCUCGCCGGAAAACUAUAAACACGCUCAAGAGUGCUGGACCGCUUUCGGUAUGAAAACUCUGGGCGACUAUAAUCGGUUCUACGUCAUGUUAGAUACGUUGCUCUUAUCCGAUGUGAUUUCAGCGUAUCGAAAAACAGCUCAACUGUCGCACGGAUUGGACCCUGCCCACUUCAUAAGUAAUGCGUCUUACACGUGGUCCUGUAUGCUAUGGCAUAGCCGACAGAAAAUUGAGCUGCUCACCGACAUAGACCAAUACUACACAUUUAAAAACAACAUAAGAGGUGGGUAUUGUGUCUGCAGUUUGAGGUACGCCAGAGCCAAUAAUCCUGACGUCAACCCGAAUUUUAAUCCAAAAACCGAAGUGCCUAGUUAUCUAUUCAUGACCGAUUUUAACGCGCUGUACUCGAAAGCGAUGUGCGAGUCAUUGCCGUUAAAAAAUUUCAAGUGGAUGUCUCGCGACGAAUUAGAUUACGUAGAGCGCAACAUAUUGGAUAUAUCUGACAACGCCGAAACAGGAUAUUGGCUCGUCGCGGACAUCGAGUACCCGCCCGAACUACACAUGUUGCAUAGUAGAAUUAUGCCAGUGUUGCCGGAAAACAUUAUCCCGCCAGGGGGGAAGGUUCCCAAAUUGGUGGCCAACCUGAGGGAUAAAACUAAUUACGGACUGCAUUAUCGAGCGCUAAAAAUGGCGGUGUCGCUAGGGCUGAAAAUAAAAAGCAUACGUCGGGGUAUCUCGUUUCACCAAGAGCCGUGGUUGCAAGGGUAUAUCCAAAAAAACAUGGAGCUACGACGCCGCGCCAAAAACGAUUUCGAUAAACAGUUGUAUAAAGAUUUUUGCAACAUGUUAUUCGGACGCACAUGCAUGGACGUGGGUAAGCAUAAAAAUGUAAGAUUAAUUACCGAAAAAGGAAAGUUUUUGAAAGCUGUCGCUGAUCCGUAUUUCGAAAGAGCCACAAUGAUAGGCGAAGAAAUUGUAGCUGUGCAUAAGACUAAAAAGAGCAUACGCUAUGAUUUCCCGAUUUAUAUUGGCGCAAGCGUUUUGGACAUUUCCAAAACGUACAUGCAAGAUUUUCUUUAUAAUCAUGUAAAUAAGAAUUUUGGUGAAACUUGGCAACUAUGCUAUUCAGACACGGAUUCCGCCCUCAUUUUUUCGGAGGGGGUAAACCCGUCACACGUUGUGAAGCUAGAAAAUCAAAAAGGGCCUAUGUCGUGGUACGAUUGUAGCGAGUACGACCCGAGUCAUAUGUGUUACACCGAUGUCAAUAAACGCGUGCCAGGUAAAAUGAAAAACGAGUAUCCGAAAACAGACAUUAUAGAAUUUUGCGGAGUGCGUCCCAAAGCUUACAGCAUUCUUACUACGACUGACAAUAAGAGGAAGCUGAAGGGUAUAAAAUCUCACGUGAUACGUAAACAAAUAACGCAUCAGGAUUAUUUGGACUGCUUGUACCAAAACAAGCGGUUUCAACAUAAACAAAACACCAUCAUUUCAAAGAAACAACGCAUCUAUUCGGCGAUAAUGACUAAAACAUCUCUGGAUUCCUACGAUUCUAAGGUCCAUGUGUGGCCGGAUAAUGUACAUACUUUUCCUCAUUUCCAUGUUUCAGUAAUGACGCAUCAGAAUUUCAUGAAGGCUCUGAUCCCUGAAAUACAUCAGCAGCGAAGCAGCACAGUGGGCUAUGAACACGGCGACUCUGACGUCGAGAUGCUCGAUGCGUCUGAGCUUUGA